AUUUGGACGGACGUCCCGCCCUCUGGUUGUUUCCUGGCUGAGGCGGGGCGGCGGUAGCUAUGGCGGCUGUGACCGAUGUGCAGCGGCUACAGGCCCGUGUGGAGGAGUUGGAGCGCUGGGUGUACGGUCCGGGCGGUUCACGCGGCUCGCGGAAGGUGGCCGAUGGCCUGGUCAAGGUACAGGUGGCUUUGGGGAAUAUUGCCAGCAAGAGGGAGAGGGUGAAGAUUCUGUAUAAAAAAAUUGAAGACCUGAUCAAAUACCUGGAUCCUGAAUACAUUGACCGCAUCGCCAUACCUGAUGCCUUUAAACUGCAGCUCAUCUUAGCAGAGGAGCAGUUUAUUCUCUCCCAGGUUGCACUUCUGGAGCAGGUGGAUGCUUUGGUGCCCAUGCUGGACAGUGCUCACAUCAAAGCCGUUCCUGAACAUGCCGCCCGCCUGCAGCGCUUGGCCCAGAUCCACAUCCAGCAGCAGGAUCAGUGUGCGGAGAUCACUGAGGAGUCCAAGGCUCUGCUGGAGGAAUACAACAAGACUACAAUGCUUCUCUCCAAGCAAUUUGUGCAGUGGGAUGAGCUACUUUGCCAGCUAGAGGCUGCCAAGCAAGUGAAGCCGGCAGAGGAAUGAUGACUUCUCCCCAUCCCUGGGCAGGCCAGAGCAGCUGGGCCAGAGGCAGCUCUGUAUUUAUUGGAUUCAUGGCUGGCUCAAACUUUGCUGGGUCUCUGAGGUCAGACAGAGGUCUUGCUACUUGAGAUUUGGUAUUUGCAAAAUCUGCCCCCCCACUCUCUCUACCCCCCACAUUAGGGCCCUAUUCUAGUGAUAAUAAAUGGUAGGGGUCACUGGA